AUGCUGAGCUCUUCAAUUUCACUUAGCUGUGGUUCCUCUCUGCUGAAUUCUGCUUUCGCUCAGCGAUCGUGGAGAGCAGCUGCUGUAAUGGCUGAGAGUGCGCUAGACAGGCUACGGCCCUACACAGUUCCUGCCAAGUAUGUAGACAUCCCACCACUACGAGGUUCCGAGGAGGCGCUCCUCGAUUUCCUUGGCGAUGACGCCCGGCUGGUUUUCAACUUCCUGUCGCAGGUAGAGCGACUCUCUCCUGCAGGUCAGGCCUUCUGGCAGGCUGAGUUGUACCUCCGCCAACUCGACGAGAUUGCUGGCGAGACAGAGGUCCUUGAAAACCACAUUGCCAGUGUAGUGUACAAUGUGACUUCAGUUUGA